CUACACAGAAGUGAUAGUUGAAAUUAUCGUUGAUUGUAUGUUUCUUCUCACAGACCUUCGUGGAUAGAUUCCAAAACAUGGACGGUUCCGAUCACCGGAUUACUCAGCAAGUGGGCCCCAGUGAGCGGCAACAGACGCAGAAUUUUGAGUCGCGACAGACGCAAAACGAAGUCGACGGUAGAUAAAAGAAGAAGGAACUCGUGGGCGCAGGUUAAUAAAAAAACACCCCAUCGCUUUCGUUAGAAUUAAUCCCUCCGCCUUCCCUGGAAAAUCAACGUUUCACGAUACCUCUUAUAAAAACCCUCUCCCCUUCCUUCUUUCAUCUUCCAUUUCCAGAUCUCACCUGACAUACCAUUUCCGGCAGAAAAUCCAAGCUAGGGUUUCAAAAAUUUCUAUCAUGCAUUGAUCUAUUUAUCGAUCCGACGGAAGUGAAGGGAGACCGAAGGAAGGCGAUCUUCGACUGUUGAUCGUCAGUUGAUCGAUGGACGUGGAGAAAUCGUCUCUCUGCAAUUGCGUCGUGAAUUUCCUUCUCCAGGAGAACUACUUGCUUUCUGCCUUCGAGCUGCUCCACGAGCUGCUCGAUGAUGGCCGUGAUGCCCAGGCGAUCCGCCUCAAGGAGUUCUUUGCAGAUCCUUCCCAGUUCCCUCCUGAUCAGAUCGCCCGCUUCAACAGCCUCCGAGUUGCAGAUCCUCAGAGUUUGCUAGAAGAGAAAGAAAUAUUGGAAGAAAAAUUGGCAAUCAGUGAAUAUGAGCUUCGCUUAACUCACGAGGACAUUUUGAGGCUAAAAGCAGAGUUACAAAAGCGAAUUGAAUUCCCUUCCGGCGAACCAAGUGGAUCUGAAGUAGCUGCUUCUUUAAGCGAAGGUCCCAUUCGUCGAAAGGAACGGAAGGAUGGUUCAUUCUCUGAUUUGGGCCCUUUAAAAGACUCUGAGCGGAGACAUCUUAACUGUGCUAUAAAGGAAUAUCUGCUGUUUGCAGGAUACCGGCUUACUGCUAUGACAUUUUAUGAGGAGGUCACAGACCAAAACCUAGAUGUUUGGGAGAGCACACCUGCAUGUGUACCAGAUGCUUUGCGUCAUUAUUAUUAUGAAUACCUUUCGACCACUGCAGAGGCUGCUGAGGAGAAGAUCACAAUACUCCGAGAAAGAGACUCGUUAGUAACAGAAAAUGAGAGGCUUAAUCGUGAAAAGGAGUCCUUGCUGAAAAACAAGGACCUGUCUGAUGGUCAGAUAACUGCAUUAACGAAGUCCUGGGAAGCUGUCCAGAAGGACCUUAAAGACAGGGAGAAUCUGAUACAAAAUUUAAAGCAGUCACUGGAGCUUCAGAGAAAGGAACUUAAUGACUGUAGAGCUGAAAUCACUUCACUAAAAAUGCACAUAGAAGGAUCUCGAUCUGCUAGAUCAUGGGUAGUUGGAGAUAGUGACAAUACGCAAGCACCAUCUGUCGACAACUACAAGGAAGAAAUAAAAUCUUUGAAAUUGGAGAUAGAAAGCUUAAAGAUGAACUCCAUAGCUGGAAGUACUAUAGAUUUAAACAACCACCAGAAUGCGGAUGUACAGAAAGAAGAGGAAAUUGUUGAGAUACAUGAAGAUAAAACUGUAACCUCUCACCCUGCAGAUUUGAUGUCUGGAGCUCCAGAUGUUGAGGAUGCCAAAUGUCAGACCUUUGAGAACAACAUGACUAAGCCGAAGGAAGAUGCACGUCAGCCAUUAGUUAGUUCUUUUAAUGGUAAUGCUACUGUUGAAAAUAAUGAGAAUGUCUGCAGACAUGACUCUGGGCUGCCAUCUGAAGGCAAUGGGCAGGUUGUUAAAGCAGACAAUCAGAGGGAAACCACAUCUGAAAAGAUGGGUUUGGAAACCAUUCAGAUCCUUUCAGAUGCUUUGCCCAAGAUUGUUCCAUAUGUUCUAAUCAAUCAUCGUGAGGAGCUUCUUCCUCUAAUAAUGUGUGCUAUUGAGCGGCAUCCAGAUAGCAGUGUACGGGAUUCUUUGACACAUACAUUAUUUAACCUGAUUAAGCGGCCGGAUGAACAACAGAGACGAAUUAUUAUGGAUGCCUGUGUUACUCUAGCAAAGAAUGUAGGAGAGAUGAGAACUGAAUCAGAAUUGCUUCCUCAGUGUUGGGAACAGAUUAAUCACAUGUAUGAGGAGCGCAGGCUUCUUGUGGCCCAAUCAUGUGGAGAACUAGCAGAAUUUGUUCGCCCCGAGAUACGUGACUCUCUCAUUUUAUCCAUUGUGCAACAACUGAUUGAGGAUUCAGCAACUGUUGUGCGAGAGGCUGCUGCUCACAACCUGGCGUUGCUGCUUCCGCUUUUCCCGAAUGUGGACAAAUAUUUCAAGGUUGAGGAGUUGAUGUUCCAACUGGUGUGCGACCCCUCAGGAGUGGUAGUUGAAACUUCACUGAAAAAACUAGUUCCGGCAGUAAUAACUUGGGGGAACAAAUUGGACCAUAUCCUUCGCGUUUUGCUGUCUCAUAUCUUGGGUUCUGCCCAGCGGUGUCCACCUAUGUCAGGAGUUGAAGGUUCUGUAGACUCUCAUCUUCGUCUUUUGGGUGAACGAGAGCGCUGGAACAUCGAUGUUUUGCUGCGCAUGCUGACAGAGUUGCUUCCAUUUAUGCAUCGGAAGGCAAUUGAAACCUGCCCAUUUCCUUCUGCUACGAGUUCAGAACCUGGGGGAUCUAUAUUUACUACCUCCUUGCUUGAACUAUAUGCAGGGGGACAUGUGGAGUGGCCCGCAUUUGACUGGAUGCACAUUGAUUGUUUUCCUGAUUUGAUUCAACUUUCUUGCCUGUUGCCUCAAAAGGAAGACAAUCUAAGGAAUCUAAUUACAAAGUUUCUGUUGAAUGUAUCUGACCUCUUUGGGGAUCAGUAUCUUACACACAUAAUGCUGCCCAUUUUCUUAAUAGCAUUAGGGGAUGGUGGUGAUUUGGCACUUUUCCCCUCCACUAUCCAGUCAAGAAUCAAAGGUUUGCGACCUAAAAAUGCUAUGGAUGAGAAGCUUGCUACCAUGUGUGUCCUUCCACUUCUACUGGCGGGGAUUUUGGGUGCUCCAAGUAGGCAUGAACAACUAGCAGAAUACCUGAGGAAGCUGUUGGUUCAAAAUACAACAAGGGAUGGUUCGUGGUCAACACACCGUACUGCUGAGAACAUUGACGCUGUCCGCUUCCUUUGUACAUUCGAAGAUCAUCAUGGGAUCAUUUUUAAUAUUUUAUGGGAAAUGGUUGUCAGCUCCAAUGUAAAUAUGAAGAUUAGUGCUGCAAAUCUGCUGAAAGUCCUGGUUCCAUAUAUUGAUGAAAAAGUUGCUUCAACUCAUGUUUUGCCUGCCCUUGUCACUCUCGGCUCUGAUCAAAACCUGAAUGUGAAGUAUGCAAGCAUUGAUGCAUUUGGAGCCGUUGCCCGUAAUUUCAAAAAUGAUACGAUUGUUGAUAAGAUACGGGUCCAGAUGGAUGCAUUCUUGGAAGAUGGAUCUCAUGAAGCCACUGUUGCUGUUGUCCGUGCAUUGCUGGUUGCUGUACCACAUACAACUGAUAGAUUGCGAGAUUAUCUUUUGUCAAAGAUUUUCCAACUUACAAGCUCGCCAACACAAGGAACUGAUUUAAUACGCCGCCGUGCUAGAGCGAGUGCGUUCUGCGAAGCAAUCCGUGCUCUGGACGCUACAGAUGUUCCCACAAAUAGUGUGCGGGAGUUCCUCUUACCCUCCAUACAGAACAUGUUGAAAGACACAGAUGCGCUUGAUCCAGCGCACAAAGAAGCCCUAGAAAUUAUAUUGAAGGAAAGGUCAGGCGGGACGCUCGAGACCAUCAGUAAGGUGAUGGGUGCCCAUCUCGGAAUCGCAUCAUCAGUGACCAGUUUAUUUGGUGAGGGCGGGCUUCUUGGCAAGAAAGACAGUGGAGACCUGCCCUCCGAGCUGGUUCCAGCUCCACUGUCGCCCACCCCACCGCCCCCUCAAGAGGACACAAGGUUUAGGCGGAUCAUGAGGGGAAAUUUUGGUGACAUGCUCCGAGGCAAAGGUAAAGCACAGGAGGACAGCUCGCAGCAACAGUCAAGUUAGGAUCUGCUUCUUCUGCCAUUGUCUAUUGAAGCUUUUGUUAUUUUGCAUUUGUUGUUUUUCAUGCCUCUUAUGCCUCUCCCUUCAAGCUAGGAAGACUGUGUUUGUGCACCACCUCCUUUUUUGAGGUUUUGAUGGGUUCAGUUCUGAAAGAAAAGAGAAUACAUGCGAUUGUUACUUUGAUAUGUUUCACCUGGAAAGAAGAGUUCUGUUAUUCUGUGUAGGUGACACUAAUAAUGUAACAGCUAUUUGCCAGUACGCUAUUCGUUGAUUGGAGCAUUUGGAUGCAAUUAAUAUGUUAUUUUAUUCCAUUUUGGAAAGAUUGGGCUA